CCACGUAAUCUACAUUAGACCUCCAUUGACGGAUUCUCUUAUUACCUACUUUUGAUAAUAAUUAUUGCGUUUUUAUUUUAAUAAACGCAAGUAUUUCAUUAUCUUCAGUAACAAUAAAUUGCCUUUAAAAUAGUUACAACUUUAUACAACAAAGUAUAGUCAGUAGUAUUUCUUUUGUAAUGAUAUUUGUGUGGUAGUCAACAACCAAUCAGCUGAGUUUUGUUUUCGUUGUGUUGGGGUGUCUGUAAUCCGAGGCGUGUACCCAUAUUUUGAAGAAGUGACUAAAAAUACCUACGAUGAACGAAAUAAAAUCAUUAGAACAUCCUACCUUGAAGGUACCCUAUGAAGUAUUCAACAAAAAGUAUCGCAAUGCUCAAAGGGUGCUAGAUGUAGAAGCUAGACAAGUUGCUACAUCAGCAAGCGAUAUGGAAGUGUUGAGCAAGAGAAGUGCUACCGCUGGAGAGAUAGAUACACUGCUUGGCGGUAUGGUAGCAAAACUGACAACCAUGAAAAGGAAAGCAUCUGAAGCUAUCGCUGAAGAAGUUCAAGCAGCGUUUGUUUGUAAGAAGAGACUGGAACAUCUCAAGGAGCAAGCAGAAGCUUUAGCUGAUCCGAAUGCGCCACAAGCAAAGACACAAAUGAAUCAAUGGCGCAAAGUUCGUUUGGACAGAAUGCUGGUGGAUUAUUUCCUUCGCAAUGGUUAUUAUGAAUCUGCUAACAAACUAGCAGAUGCUCGUGGUUUGAGAGAUCUUACUAAUGUUGACAUUUACGCUGCCGCUGCAGAAGUCGAAGCUGAGUUAGUGGAGCGUCGCACUGCACGUUGCUUACAGUGGUGCGCUGACAAUAGAUCUAAGCUUCGCAAGCUUAACUCCACUAUGGAGUUUAAGAUUCGUAUACAGGAGUUUAUAGAGUUAGUUCGGGAGGAUAAACGCUUGGACGCAGUUCGAUAUGCUAAGAAGCACUUCUCUACAUAUGAAGAAGGUCAACUAGAGGACAUCCAACACUGCAUGGGAAUGUUGGCUUUUCCUAAGGAUACAGACGUGGAGCCGUACCGCUCGCUGCUGGGCGCGUGGCGCUGGGGCGCGCUGGUGGCGCAGUUCCGCUGGGAGCACGCGCGCCUGCUGCACCCCGCGCGCCUGCCCGCGCUGCCCGUGGCGCUGCAGCUGGGGCUCGCCGCGCUCAACACGCCGCAGUGCUCCAGCGAGGCCACGCAGGUGUCGGCGUGCCCGGCGUGCUCGGCGCCGCUGAGCACGCUGGCGCGCUCGCUGCCGCACGCGCACUGCUCGCACUCGCGCCUCGUGUGCCGCCUGUCGCGCCUGCCGCUCAACGAGCACAACCAGCCCAUGGUGCUGCCCAACGGGCAGGUCUACGGCGAGAAGGCCCUGAAGGAGAUGAUGAAGGAACACGGGUCGAUCAUAUGUCCGAAGACGAAAGAAGUUUUUUGUAUGAAACGCGUAGAAAAAGUCUACGUUAUGUAAACAUACGCAUUUCAUUUUAUGUAUAUAUAAAUAUAAUGACUUACUUUACGUUGCUUUCGAUUUGCGAUCGAUAUUUGUAUUUUUGAAACUCGAGUCCAUGUUUGUAUUAUGAUUAAGUUGGUUAAACUUUAUAUACUCUAAUUAUGAUGCUUAUAAUUAGUUUCGUAUGGAUUUCUAACGAAAAAUAUUUUAGUUUUUAGGUUAUAUUGGCAACACUGAAUCUCUAUUAAAAUCCUCUAUGUACUGACAGGUUUAUUUUAAAUUAGUUGUUACAUUUUAACGUGUAUAUAGCCUACACAAUGGUUGGUUAAACCCACGAAAUCUAGUUGACGAUGUUGCCAUUUUAUCCAUUUUAAAUAACUAUUUAUAUGUAUAACAAAAAUUAAGUCUGGUUCGUUGAUUUCGAGUUUAUAAGAAAACAUAGUGUUUAUUAUAACAACUCAUGUAACUGGAGAAAUAAACGCAAACUUAUAAGAAAA